UGGAUAUGGAUUUUCAUUUUAUAAGUGUUAUUCCCUUAAGUGAAACACUGUCUUGUAAAAAUAAAAAUGAAUGUUUUUACAAUCAAAUUUUUAAAAAUAAAACACUUUACCAUUUGUUCUCCAAGGGUUUUGAAGCAAGAGGAACAGACAUCAAAAGUCGCAUAACAAGCUGGAACUUCUACCUAGCUGAAAGUGAACCAGGGAAAACACUAUCUUUCUACCCAACAUUGCACGAUAGCGAUGACUACUUUGAAGAGAGUGCAUCGGACGAUCGUGUGGUGCGAGACCUUGACACAAUGGGAUACCUCAACGAGCCUGCCGACUCGACAGGCCGAGGGUCGUCAUCCUCGUUGUCUUCAUCUUCAUCAUCAUACUCUUAUGACGAUGCUGAGCCAUCAUAUUUUUGCAGUGAUAGGUAUGGUGAUUUAGAUGCAAGAAUAGCAUUCACCGCGGAGGCCAAGCAUUCGUUAUUCUCCGUAGAAGCUAUCCAAUCAGUUUGUGAGGUUGAUCAACGGCUCCGUAGCCACAUCGAUUUCGAUCGCCAUUGUUUGCGACAAAACUUCCAAUGCUGUCCAAGUAAAUCUUUAGGAAAUUACAUAACCCUUCUACGCAAUAAAUCCUCGUGUUUUGAUAUUCAACAAGAAGACGUUACAUAUACACUUGAAUUACUUCAAUUCUGUGCAGGUUUUUUCCAUAAUAGGACACUAUCGAGAUUAUGCUGGGACUACAGCUCAGACUCAAAACGUCUUGAAUAUUGUUACACAGUGCCAACAAACUGCACCCGCUUUAAUGCUGUGUACAUGAUGUUUCAGUAUAUAUUAAGUAUUGAUUUUUUGAGCGUUGCAAACCCGAAAAAUACCGAACCAUCUGCAACUUUGCUUAUUGCACCAAUCACGAAGUCUGAAAGUCAUUUAAAAAAGCUCUAUGAGGAUAACUUCAAAUAUUCUGAUUUGUCGGAUGGUGUGACUGAAAUCGCUGGUAUCGACUUCGGCAUAAAGUAUUCCAUGUUUAUUGAUUAUUUGCUAUCAGAUACGUUAUACCCGGCCCUUGGAAUGCUGACUGUGUUUUUUCUUAUGUGGAUUUAUAUUGGAUCAAUAUUUAUUACAAUAAUGACAAUGGUCAGUAUAAUGAUGUCACUUGUUUUCGCUUACUUCUUUUAUGUUGUUGUGUUCCGGUUAGUUUUCUUUCCGUUCAUGAAUUUAUGUGCUAUAAUUUUACUCGUUGGUAUUGGCGCUGACGACACGUUUGUUUUCUGUGAUAUUUGGAAAAAGUUACGAUUUGACAAACCUCACACUCCUCUGUUGAUAAUUUUGAUUGAGACAUCACGCCAUGCGGUGCUGACAAUGUUUGUAACAAGUUUCACAACUGCUGCAGCGUUUUAUGUAAAUGCCCUUAGCUCAAUUACAGCUAUACGUUGUUUUGCGAUUUAUGCGGGAACUGCAAUCAUUAUCAACUUCGUUUUAACUAUGACGUGGCUACCUGCUGUUGUAGUAAUUCAUGAUUUUAUUUGUCGGAAAUUUACUUGUAUGUCAUCGUCAGAACGACAUGAAAAUUAUCAUAAAAGGAACCACUUAAAUGAAAUUUGUAUUUUCUUUCACAAAGUACGUUACCAAGCAAGUGAAUAUUCACGGAUAUUUUUUGAGAAAUUAUUACCCUGUAUCAUUAUUCGUUUAAGAAUAAUGUGGUUACUAAUAUUGUUUUUCUUAGCUGUAGCUGGUGCUAUUUUAAUAUUUGUGGCUCCUGGAUUGAGUCUGCCAACUGUGUCAGAAUUUCAACUUCUACAGAGUACGCAUCCAUUUGAGAGAUACGAUCUUAUAUAUAAACAUUUAUUUUGGUUUGAGAAGCAGCAAGAUAGCGAGCCUUCAAAUUCAAUUCCUGUAAAUAUUCUUUUUGGAAUACGUGCUGUAGACAAUGGAAAUCAUUGGGAUCCUGAUGAUACUGGUCAUUUAGUUUUAGACGAUACUUUGGAUAUUUCAAGUCCAGAGUCACAAGAAUGGAUGUAUCAAUUUUGCCAAAGAUUACGUAAGCAGACAUUUUAUAAACCACUUCCAGGUUAUCACCCUGAGGCAUGUUUCAUGGAAGGUUUUCGUGACUGGAUGGCGCGCAACCCGUGUUUGACGUCAACAGGGGUUGAUGUUUCGCCAUGUUGUAAUAAAUCAACAUUUCCGUACACAAAAGCAGUCUUUGAGUAUUGCUUAAAGGAAUUAGUACUUUAUCUCUAUGAAGAUUUAUUAAUAUAUUAUGAUCAGACGGUCGGAGGACCAAAAUUUCACAAGGACGACGAUAGGAUUAGUAUCGUUCUAAUAACUUUUGAGGCGGAAUUUAAUUAUUCGGUUGUGUAUGGAAAAGUAAGCAAUUUUUGGAACAGUAUCAAUGACUGGCUUGUUAAAGAGCUGGAAACCGCUCCGGAUGGAUUAAAAAACGGCUGGGCAAUAGCGGACGAAAACUUAUUAGCAUUUUACGAUUUACAACAUAAUCUCGCGAUUGGAACUCCACAUUCGCUUAUGCUUUCUGUAUCAAUCGCUACCAUUGUACUAUUUAUAACUACUCGAAAUACUUUAAUAACUUGCUAUGCAAUGCUGUCUGUCUCGGGUGCAAUCUUUUUGACAAUCGGUGUUUUAGUACUGCUUGGGUGGGAACUCAAUAUUUUGGAAUCUGUUAUAAUAUCUGUAGCUGUUGGUCUUUCGAUUGAUUUCACUGUUCACUAUGGUGUCGCAUACCAAUUAGCUCAGGAAAAGGACCGCGAAUCAAGAGUAAUAUUCUCGGUGUCGCAGAUGGGCUGUGCAAUAACGAUGGCAGCACUGACUACAUUCUCUGCCGGAGUGUUCAUGAUGCCAUCAACCAUUUUAUCGUACACCAGAAUGGGAAUAUUCCUAAUGCUUAUUAUGACCAUUACAUGGGUAUACUCCACAUUCUUCUUUCAAUCCGUAUGUCACUUUAUCGGCCCCGAAAAAGGUUUUGGACAAUUAGCCAGCACAUGCUGUCGAAAAGCAUGUUGCAAGAGGUCGUACUCAAAGCAUACACUGACAACAGAACAGAGUAUGUCGUUACAAUCGUCAAGUAUCCCACGAUCCUCUGAUUCCGUUGAACUUGAGUGCCUGCAUAAUGACUCACUACAGACAAUGCCCGUUUUCAAAUCCCUUGUGCAAUUUUCACCAUGUGUGACAUCUGAUCGCGGUACUCCCAGUACUACACUUUUGAAGGACACUAAUAAAAUAAUACCAACGUGGAACACACCACAAAUGCAAAUAGAAAAUGACAUUUGCGCAAAAACCAAAGAUUACAAAGGAAGACUCGGGGAAGCAGCCAUACAGGUUUUACAUCCAGAUAACUUUGAUGUAAUUACGAACACAAGUACGGAAGUAGUUUUAAAAGGCGAACAAUAUUUAACGCGGGUAUACCAUGGUGUUCCUCAAUCCGAUAUGAUACCAAAUCGUGAUCCUACAUUAGUUAAUGUAUGGGUACCAUUGGCGGGUAAUUUAUAUUAAAUGAAUUAUAUAAACCGCAUUAACACUAGUUUUGCAAUCACAUAUGCAAUGUAUUAUGGGUUUAUCAAUACAGAGAAUAAAAAUAAAAAUCAAGGAUAUUUGAAUUUGGAAUGGAAUAAAAUUGUCUUAAAGAUUUUCUUAGGAAAUUAUUUGAUGAUAUCUCUUUUAUGGAAAAACAUUAAAUUUUUAGACAAUUUUUAUACUAGUUUAUUAAGAUUGUAAUCAAUUUUUGUGUUUUUGCUAAUAAAUUAUAUAGAUAUAUUGAUUAUUUAAUGUGUUGAUCUUUAUGUGAAUUGAUUAUUGUAAUGUUUCUUUAAACAAAUUUGCCAUUCCCCCCCCCCCCCACAAAAAAAAAUAGUAAUUAAUAGGAAGCUAUGCCAGUACACUGCCCAUUCCAUCACUUUAAUGUUUAUGUUCUGUUUAUUAUAUGAUUAUGAAGUUUGAGCGAAAAUAUUGUAUGUUUCAGUCAUAGUUACAUUGUGCAUUAUGCACAUCCAAUUUAUGCUGUGGCUGAUUGUAGUGAGAUUGGUAUUACAAGAGAAUAAAUUCAUAGUGAGAUCACAUUCUUUGAGGUUUGUUGGA